UGUCGAUUCAACGUCGGCCAUUCCUGCGCGAGUGGUCGUGUUUACAAGAUGGCAAUUUUUACAGAUUGACUUGUUUUAUCGCUGCGAAUAACAAGAAAAGAACUAAAAACAAAGUGUCCAAAUAUAGCAAAAGGGUAUGUAUUUUAACACCGAGAAGGUUCGUCAUCAGUCGGUAAUCAGAGACCGAAGGUGUCGUACCUGAAACGUCAAGUUCGAAACAUCAAGUAGUACGAAAUUGUCCAUGCAACUACGACAGCUAUGGAACUACUCUUCGGGAUACAAAUAAAUUCAGAAACUGUGACGACCGUCACCCUGAACGACGUGAACCUGAAGACCAAAGUGAAGGAGCUAAAACGAAAAGCCGCAAAACGAUGUAACCUGCCUAAUGACUCAUUGGAAUUUAUUUAUUGUGGACUUCUACUAGAGGAUGAUGCUACAGUAGAGUCCAUUGGACUAAGGAAUGGGUCAAUGGUACAUGCAUUACCGAAGAAAGAAUCAGAAUCGCCAGUGCCAUUUAAAUAUAUAUCAGAAGACAGCAUUUUACAGCUCACUUCGGCAUUUAAGUCUUUCAAUGAGACUCCUGCAUUCAGAAGUGCUCUACAUCGAUUAAGUAAGAGACCAGAGGUGAUAGACAAUAUUAUUUCCUCCUCUCCAGGAUUACACGAAGAUUCUGUCGCUAUAGCUAUGCUGCAGGACCCUGAUUUAAUGGCACACUUCACAGAUGUUGACACUGUAAAAAGAAUCGCCGAGCUGCAUCCGGUGCUGAUCGAGGCGGCGCAGAACAUCGCGGCGGCUGUGCACGAGGAGGCGCACAACGCGGCGACGUCCAGCGGCUCCAGCAGUUCGGUGGCCAGCUCGCAGGCUACCGCGCGCUCCUACAGUGUGGACAACCUCAGCCUAGAGGAGGAGAUGGCGCGCGACAUCGCUAAUUUCUUUUCCACGCAUCCCAUGAACGACACUCUGCGCUUCCCCGAUCCGCCCGUCAACAACCCGCAGGCGUCGUCGCAACGAUCGGACAAUCCAGCAGCAUCCUCCACGUCGACCGGCGCUGCUGGAGGCGCUAAUCAAGCGACGACGGCCGGUAACCAGAGCACCGGCGUGGUCACGCCUCAGAUGUUCAUGGAAGCAAUGAGGCAAGUCGCACUGGCGACCGCCAAUCCGACGGCGCAGGUCGCGUCGUCCCCGGUGGCCUCCCUGUCGCCGAUAUUGCCGCCGAUCUCGCCGCAGGCCACCGAUCUGCAAAGACAGCUGGCGCAGAUGCACGAGAUGGGCCUCCAGGACGAUAUGUUGAACGUACAGGCACUGCAGUUCACCAAUGGUGACGUACAAGCAGCAAUCGAGCUCGUGUUCAGUGGUUUUGGUGACAAUUAAUUGGACAAAAGGAGUACGGCUUGCCAUUAGUACGAAUUAAUGCUGCGGGAGACGCGGGACGAAAGGAAGCCUUGAAAGUUCCUGUAGAUUCACCUGGACGCGAUACUUGCGCGUAUUCCGCAUCAAUAGUGCGAAUCGCUGUCGAAGCGUGCGCAUGUAAGAUGUGAGAUUGUAUUUCCUGAUUAUUUCUGUGCAAUAAGGUGACGUUCCCGUCGUCGAUAACGAUGGCGAUACCUUUAUGGAAUUUUUGUAUCUUCCAAGAAAUCCUUUACACAGACUGCUGUUCUAAUAUUCUCCUGCAUAUUACGAUGUAGAUGUAUUUGCAUUCGUAAUGGAAACGCCCAACUAGACGAUUAAUAUUAACAUAUUGCCAAUCGUAGGUGUGCCACGCAUCGGGGAAAAACAUGUUUGAUAUUCCUAACUAUAGUCGCGUAGUGAAAAAAUUACAGUCGAGAGAAUCGUUUUUGUAAUAAAAUAUUACCGUAGUGUUAACGAUGACAACUUUGUACGCGUGUUGCUACUACUAUUACUUCUUUGAUAGGAUAAUUAGAUGUGAUUGGCGCCGCGAAUGGUUGCAAUUUAAAUGAGAUUCGUCACUUGUUCUCUCUCUCUCUCUCUCUCUCUCAAUGUGUAUUUUAAUUUUCACGCGGUGACAACUUCACAUGUCGAAGCGGGAUUUCUCAAAUUGAUUUCCUCUGUGAUAUUACAUAGCUGUCGUCGUCGCACGGUUGCAACACAAAUGACCCGUGUUGCUCGGAUACGAAUAUAGCGUAAUACUAAUCGCCAAAUUUUAAUCAUGCCGACGCACGGUCACGAACGCAUUGUUCCAUUGUAUCGUCUUUUUCGUUCCUUCCGGCGCCUGUGUGUAGAGAGUCCGUUUCAAACAACCGAUAGCACGACAAAACACGAGCAGUCCUUGAGAAUUGAACAGAGACUUGUAUUCUCGAACUUAGGACAGUAUCGUCGUCGUUACGAUGUCACUGCGCAAGUACAAUAUGUGGCAGAAAAGCUGCGCAACGUCACCGUAACGAUAACGACAUUGUCGUCGAAAGUUAGAAAAUCGGUCUAUUAAUGUAGUAAAUUCGUAUAAAAUUCGGAGCGCUAGUGGUGUACACGAGGCAGUCACGCUGAUCAGAAUCACGGUAAUCGCUGUUUAUUUAACUUCGAUGAAUUUUCUCGAAAUAAUUUCUCUCGCACAUUCGCACAACAUAUGCCGUCAUGCUCAAAACAAACGAAACUCUGCCGAUCGGAUUUGCAACCGGUGCGGCGUCACGGUGAAAGUUCGUUCACCGCGUGCGCGAGCCACGUGGCGCCGAUGUUUCAUUGUGUAUAAAUGUACCAGUGCCGAAUGUGCUCUCAGAAUAAAUGCGUCAUCCCUGCCGGCGGCAGUGACGUAGCGCGCGCAGCGCGCUACCGUGAAAUCGAACGCGUCGCAAAAAUGCAGUUACGCGUAGGUGUGACGUGUACGGGCAUCAAUUGUUAACGAGUCAUCGCGCUAGUAUUCUCGGGGUCUUGAGUGUCACGUAAGUAGCAAUGUGUAAAUUAUGACUCGAAGUCCUACUGAAAAAAAACGACGCCACGUGCGCUUAACGUAUUCCUCUUUUUCUACAAUCUUCGCGACGUCGCAUUCAAGCACGUAAUUAGAAUCAUUAAUUCUGCCGAUGAAAUUUGAAAUUUAAUAAAACGAGAAAGCCAGAAAGAGCUGCGAUCGGCUCUUGAAGGCCUUGUUUCUCUUUUUGUGGUUUUGUAUACCUGA